UUUUGUGGCGCAAUCUGGACACUGCUGGACAUAGUCCACGGUUAGACAAAUUUAACUAAGAACAAUCUUGAGUUCCAUCAACUUCUUUAAAUUCAAGAACAUUUUAGCAUCGAGGGUUGAACGAUGUAAAUUUUCUCUUGAGAAUCAAUCGGGAUCAACUUUAAACUUAUUCUAAAUAUUGAGUUCAAGUGUUCUAGACGGGUAUAUAUACAGCUAAAAAUAAUUGUGCAUUAAGGGGUUAAAUUAAAAGUAGUUGUUCAUACAUACGUUUCUAUGUUUGUGUAACUUGAUGAAAUUUUUCUAAUCUGUUGCAAAUGUUAUUACGAUCGAAUGAAAAUGUUACGAUUUUGUUUUGAUAUCUAUAGGUUAUUAUAUCACAGAUGAACAAAAUGAAAUGAACAACUAUUUUCUUAAACAAUGCAAUUAUAGUAUAUGGUUGAUAGUAAAAUGGAUCCAGUAUCUAAUAUACUUGGCAUUGAUAAAGUAAAUAUGGAUGGAAAAUUAAUUUUAAUUGAAGAACGACACAACAGCAACGCGAAUUUUGUGUUAAAUUCAGUAAUCCUCAAUGCAUUAAGCGACAAUAAUGGAAUUUGUUUUGUACUUUUUCAUAAUACCUUCAAUCAUUACCACAAUGUAGGUAUGAAAUUUGGCUAUAAUCUCAAAGUUUUAAAAGCAGAAGGUAAAGUUAAUAUAAUAGAACCAAUGAAAAUUAUUGGAUCUAAUAUGGAAAGUAGAAAUAACGAAGAGACAUGCAAACUACACGAGACUAGUAUUAAAGAAAUAUCUGAUGUCACUAACAGUAUAAGUGACAGCUUAUUUAGGAUCAUAAAAAAUGAAUAUUAUGAAAUGAAAAAGUAUCAUAAAAAUGUAAUCAUUGUAAUCGACGACAUGAGUCACCUUUACAAUUUAGGAUUUACAUUAAGAGAGUCUAUGUGUUAUUUAAAACUUUUACGGUCACUCAUUGAAUGUGAUAAUACAUCUCAACUUUGUGUUGCAAUACACACGUACGAUGAUAAACUACAGAAUUGCAUGGCUAAUAUAGCUGUUCCUAUAUUGAAAUAUAUGGCUCACUUAUUCGUUAUGAUCGAUUCCUUUGAAACAGGAUAUUCCAGUGAUGUAUCUGGAAAGAUAACAAUUAAUUGGAGAAUAGAUCAUAUAAGAAAAGAACACAAUUGGUCAGAGAUAUCAAGGUAUAUAUACAAGGUAUCGGAUCGUCAAGUAAAGAUUUAUUCACCGGGGCAGUAGUUAAUCUUAAUAUAAAGUAAUUAUAUUGAAUGUGAUUUUAAUUUUGUCCUUAUGUGUUUUUAUACAUAUAUUGAAAUAUAUGAAAAUAUACAAGUAUUUUCAAAAAA